UACGAAAGGUCAAAGGUUGCAGACCGCGCCAAUUUUUAAAGAGGGACUGCAGCAGUUUUCUGGGACAGGGUACGACCCCAAGCUCGUUUCCGUCACUAUAGUGUUGUCUAUGUAGAUAAAGCUAACUAUUAUGAUGGGUAUGUAGUUUUUACAGCCUAUAGAAAACUCAGUGGCACUACAGAGGUUGCAGAAGUGAUUGAUCUUGUGUGUUGAGACUUCAAACGAAACCAGAGCCCCCCUCCCCAAGGAACCUCCUUGCCCUCCCCAACUAUUUCUUCAGAUAUUAUGGGGGAGAAGUGGAAAGUCCCAGCCAGGAAGCUCUUCAUCUCCCAGCUAGCUGGAGGAACACAACUUGCACCUGGUACAAGUAAUAGUGUCGGGGCUGCAGGAACAACUUUGUGGCAUGUGCAGCUGAAUCCAAUCUCUACAAAAGCGUGGGACGUCAACUUGGUCUGGGUUCAGGGUACUGUGGUGGACUGUGAUGUUGCUGGGGACUGGCUCACUAUGGAUGAUGGCCAAGGCAUGGCCAAAGUUGAACAGAUCAACAGUAUCCCAAAGGCUAGAAAAAAUUUUGAUAAAGGCAUGUAUGUGAUGGUGGUAGGAUAUGUUCUGCAAUGUGGCACCCGACCUGUCCUCAAGGCUGUGAAGGUCCAGGAUCUCACCAACCAUGUCAACCACAAGGUCAUGUGGAGCUUAGAGGUCACAGAUCUGCAAAAGUACUGAGGACUUUCUUAGUUUCUUAAGAAAGGAGGAGUUUCUUAAAGAUGCUGGGCAACAUGAGAAACUGAAAUAAGGCCUUGAUGUUAGCCAGGAUGCCAGAAUGUAUCCAGGGCCUGCACAGACCAACUGAGUUAAACCCUGCACAAUAUAUAUUGAGACUGGGCUUUCUGUCUGGCUAUCUUGAUGUUAAUAUAAAAUUUUUGCAUAUUUUUCUGCUUAUAAGAAGCUGGAUGUAUCAACAGUAUAUAUACCUAUGAAGACAUUCAUGAAGUUUUGAUGAGAUAAAAUUUUUGAAUUCAUUCAAAUCCCUCGUGCGAUAAAACUUUUUAAAAGAAUACAUGUUAAUAUGUUGUAUGUUCAAUACAAACCUACAAAUGUUUGAUUGAUAGUAGAACUUAGAUGUUUUACUAUGUUUUUCAAUUAACUUACAUUUGUAAUCAAAAACACAUUACUGUACUUUACUUUAAUAUGGGUUGUUUUAAUAUUGUACAAAGAAUAAAAAGAUAAGCACACAAAUUGAAAAGUAGUGAUGUGUAAUUUGAUACCUUCAGCACCAUAAACUGUAUCUGUGAUAUCCAUAUCUCUGAUACCAGUCAGAUUUUCAUAUCAGCAUAUUUUCAUAACUUUUAUUAACAGUCUAGACAUUCAUGAGUACUGGUAAUAAAAUUUCCAUUAUA